AAAAGAUAAAAUUUGUUUUGGUUUGGUUUGGUUCUAUACAAUAACGCGUUUUGAUAUGGAUAACAUUCAUAUAGAUUAUAACAUCAAUACAACUAGGGAGAUUAUAAAGUAAAUAUGCCACCAAGAACUCGUCGAUUGACUGGUUCUAUUGCUGCUACCAGUGCUUCGAAACUGAGGAUUGCAACUACUGCGAAAAGCAAUGGGGAACCAAACUCUUCGAAAGUUACAAAGGGAAAGCUGCUAGUUGCAUCCAAGACUAGAUCAAGUACUGCUUCUACUAUUAGUACUACUACUACGAAACCAUCACUUCCUGGAAGUGGGAAAUCUCCUGUGCGGUUGGUUCAGGAAGUCCAAAAUAUUAAAACGUCAUCGACACCUAAAUCUACCCCAAAGUCUACUCCUCAUAAAAAUAAAAUAAGUUUGAUAGCCUCGCCUUCUUCAGUGGUCAAGAAGAAAUUUACCUCAUCGAUAAUAAGUGAAGAAGAUGUGUUAGAGUCUAAUAGAAAUCAUGAUUUAGUGGAAUUUAUUAAUUCAUUGGUUAAUACUAAAAGAGAUGAUUUAUUCACUAAUUAUCAAGCCAAAGCACAAUCUCAAAUAAAAAAUGAUCAUGAGUUGAUUAAACAAUUGAAUGAAGAAGUGUCUGAAAAGCAAUCAACCAUCGAUAAGUUGUUAAAUGAAAUUGAACAAUUGAAGUUGUCAGAAAAUAAACCAAUCCCCAAUCCUAAAUUAGAGCAAGUGGUUAAUGACGUGGAAUAUCUUUCCCCUAUUAGAAGUCGCAAGCAUAAAAUUGUGGAUAUGAUCGACCAACAAAGUAUUAAAAAGGAAUUUGAAGAUAUAGGGUUUACCCUCGAUAUGUUAGAACUUCUCACUGGAUUGAGAAUAGUUAAUUUUACUGAAGAUGAUGACAAAUAUUAUUUCGAUGUGAAACAAACAACCUCAAAUUCAUCUGACGUAGUAUAUAUCAGCUAUAGAUUAAUUGUGUCGAAAACCUUUGAAUCUACAGCUGAAAUUGAAUACAUCCCUACUUUCCUUGAGGACUUAGAUUCUGAAGAAGAUGAAUAUGCUGAUGAUGACGAUGAUAAUGUACGGUUAGGUGCGAAUGAAAAUGCAAGAUAUCUUAAGAAAAUGCUACCGGAUUAUUUAUGUGAGAAUUUAUCGUUCCCCUACAAUACAUUAUCACAAUUUUAUGCUAAAGUUAAUCGAGCAUUACAUAAAGGAUCAAAGGGAUAAAAUGUGAAGUCUAUGCUUUUUGUAUUAUUAUGACCUAUG